AUGCCACUAAAUACUAGAACUUUACUGAUAACAGUUUGUAAGUAUGUGUAUUACGCCGGAGCUGGGAAUUGCUGGUACGAAGAUAUCUACCAUGAGACAAUCCCUUAUUAUAUGUACAGCGUAGUAACAUUCUCGAUUUACACCACCAUGAUUUUCCUUGAAAAUCUCGCCGCAUUGUUCGGCAACUUUCCCGGAGUGGAAAAGAAUUCAGCAGUUAUGUUCGCUGCUAUACACAACAUUGUUCUCACUAAGAUGUUUCUCCUUUUAUAUCACAAAAAAUCUAUAAGGAAAUUAAACUAUGAAAUGGCUAAUGUCGGAGCAGGCUAUGAAGAGGAUUAUGUUAUGCGAAAACAAUAUCGUAAAGUGACAGUUGGUAUAUGGCUGUACGUUAUCUCUGUUUACCUGUCUCUCUCAGCGUAUGGAAUCGAAAGUGCUAGAAGGUCGAUCGUUGAAGGGGCCCCUUUUUAUACCGUGGUCACAUAUCUACCAGUUUACGAUGACAACUCCGCUGUAGCACUGUUUUUUCGAAUAUUUUUCUACAUAACAUGGCUGUACAUGAUGCUACCGAUGAUGUCUGCCGACUGCAUGCCAAUCACGCAUUUGAUCACCAUGACUUACAAGUUUAUUACUCUGUGCCAUCAUUUCGAACGGAUACGGUCAGAGUUCGAUAGUAAUAUAAAAGUAAUGAACAAACGGGAAGCAAUAGACAAACUAAAAGCUGGAUGUUUGGAAGGUAUUCGGAUGCAUCAGAAACUUCUGUAUUUAGCAGACGAGAUACAUCGUGUUUUCGGAAUAAUAAUGUCACUUCAAGUGUGCGAAAGUUCUGCCGUCGCCGUGUUACUUUUGCUACGUUUAGCGCUUUCUCCUCAUUUGGAUUUAACUAAUGCGUUUAUGACGUAUACAUUCGUCAGCUCACUUUUCUUAUUACUGGCACUGAAUUUGUGGAAUGCUGGAGAAGUUACUUAUCAGGCCUCUUUGCUGUCAAGUGCUAUGUUUUACUGCGGUUGGCACCUCUGUGACAUUGAGAGGGACCAUGACAUUCGAAAACUGGUGAUCAUAGGUUGUACGCAGGCGCAAAAACCUCUCAUCCUCAAGGCGUUUGGUAUUCAAGACUUGUCGUAUGAAACUUUCGUAUCUGUGGCAAGAAUGACAUACUCAGUGUUUGCGGUGUUUUACCAAAGGGGCGAGUAA